ACGUUAAACUACAACCAUCCAAGAACAGUUCGAUAUUUUCAUAGUUUUUUUGUUUUAUCUUCGUUACACACACUUGAGCCGCGCCUUGCUACAAAGCACUUCAAAACGGCGCACUCUGCUCCCGUUGAUUGUUAAGUUAAUAUUUAGAAAGAAGAAGAAAACUAUAACCACCACCGCGCACUCCCGGAGCUGUUGAUAACGCGGCUGGGUUGCGUGCCAUUGUGUGCGUGUGCAAUUAGCCCAGCGGUGUGUAGUACACGCGAAUCGGGGCUUCAGCGCAAAGAUGCUCAAACCGCAUCAACGAUGGUCAACUCGGGACAGCGACCGGUCGUGCUCGUAACCAACAAGGAAACGCCGGAAAAGGGUAUCAACAAACUAAAGCUAAAGGCUGAUGUAAUCUUCCCGAAAAGCCAUCCUGCCACACGCGAGGAAGUGCUCGAGCUGGCGGGCCAGGUCGAUGGCAUCAUGUGGGUCGGCCAUAUGCCACUGAACGGUGAGGUGCUGGAUCGGGGCGGUUCCCGCCUGAAGGCGAUCUCCACCAUGUCGGCCGGCAUGGAUUACGUGGACGUGGAGGAGUUCCGGAAGCGCAAGUUCCCGCUCGGCUACACCCCGAUCGUGCUGAACGAUGCGGUGGCCGAUUCGGCCAUCGGGCUCAUGAUUGCCGCCGGUCGGCGCUACCACGAGGGCCAGCUGGCCAUCGAUCAGUCGCAGUGGACGGGCGGCCCGCAGUGGCUGCUCGGGCAGGACAUUAAGGGCAGCACGGUGGGCAUCAUCGGGCUGGGCGGCAUCGGGCAAACGAUUGCAAAGCGCCUGAAAGGGUUCGACAUUGGGCAGCUGCUGUAUACGGGCCGUCGGCCCAAGCCGGAAGCGGAAGCGCUCGGCGCCAAGCUGGUACCGCAGGACGAGCUGCUGCAGGAGAGCGAUUACGUGUUCAUUACCGUACCGCUCACGAACGAAACGCGCCACAUGAUCAACGAGAGCACGCUGGCCAAAAUGAAACCCACCGCCGUGCUGGUUAAUGUGGCCCGGGGUGAUAUCGUCGAUCAGCGGGCACUGGUGGCGGCACUCAAGAACGGUACGAUCUUUGCGGCCGGAUUGGAUGUGGUGUCGCCGGAACCGCUGCCCGCGGAUGAUGAGCUGUUGCGCCUUCCGAAUGCAGUUGUCAUCCCCCACCUGGGUUCGGCCACCGUGCAGACGCGGAACAAUAUGGCGGAAAUUGCUGCAUUGAACGUGCUGGCGGGCAUCGCGGGAACACCCAUGUUCUCCCCCUAUCCGUAUUAAUCAUUCUAUUUCAGUGUGUUCUAGCGAAUAGGACAAAAAAGAACCGGCAUUUGUUUUUGCACCCCGUUUUGCAUUUGACCAACCAACUAAUACUUAAUUAUAGGCAACAACGACUUAGAGCGAAUGUAGCAUUAUUCGGGAACAAAGAUACUAAUCAUGAUACAAAAAAGGCUGAAGUAAAACAUAUUCCUUGAGGCAAGCUUACCAAAAAAAGAAAAAAGUUAAUCUUGUGAAACUGUAGUACAACAUUUUAGGUUUGACGGUCAUUGAAGACUGAUUUUUUUACUGCAUCACUCUGUGUACACAAUGCAUAGGAAAAGGAGGAUAGGGAACAUCACCUUGUAGCAGCUAGCAUUGCAUUCUUAACACAACGGUCUUUACCACCACCCAUUAAAGUGCCUUUAAGAGCAAAUGGUUGAUGAAGUGAAUGGACUUUAUUGCGUCUGAAAUUGUGCGGGCAUCGUUGCAUUCCGCAAACCGUGCAUUAAAUUCUCCACCGCUCGGACAGCCAUCUCGUCGCGCGUCCGUUUCGUUGCCGUUCCCAGGUGUGGUAGAAUCACUGCAACAGAAGCAUCACGUAAUAAAUGCAACAGUUUUGCUGUACUUCAACUUGUA